GUGUGCUCUCAGCGCAGCUGCGUGUUUGUGUGUGAGGAAGAGGCGGAGAGCUCCACAUGUGUGCUGAGUUCUGCAGUGUAGUGGUGUUGUAGUUGUUAAGGUUUUAAGGGGAAAAUGCGGGUUAAAAAGGGUCAGGAGAAGAAGAAACACCACCAGGGUCCAGUGAAGAACUUUGAGAAGUGGAAGAAGAGAUAUGACAAGACCAAGCAGCACGUAAAACCGCCCCGGAGGAAGCGCGACUGGGAGAUAGAGAGAGAGAACAUCCAGAAACUGCAGGCGAAAUACGACCAGAUAAAUCCAAAAGAUGUUAUAAAGUUCUCAGACUUUCCACUUUCAAAGAAGACACUAAGAGGUCUGCUUGAGGGUCAGUACCGACAACCCACAGAGAUCCAGAAACAGACCAUUGGCUUUGCUUUGCAGGGAAAAGACGUCCUGGGUGCUGCAAAAACUGGUUCUGGGAAGACUUUGGCCUUCCUCAUUCCUGUCCUGGAGUGUUUAUACCGCCACCAGUGGACAGCAAUGGACGGUCUUGGUGCUCUUAUUAUCUCUCCCACUCGAGAGCUGGCGUACCAGACCUUCGAGGUGCUGAGAAAAGUGGGAAAGAACCAUGAAUUCUCAGCUGGCCUCGUGAUUGGUGGAAAAGACCUCAAGGAUGAGUUAUUGAAGAUCCACCGAACUAAUAUUAUUAUCUGCACGCCGGGGCGUCUGCUGCAGCACAUGGACGAGAAUUCCACUUUUCACGCCUCAGACCUGCACAUGCUCGUGUUGGAUGAAGCAGACAGAAUUCUGGACAUGGGUUUCGCAGACACACUCAAUGCCAUCGUAGAAAAUCUUCCCAAAUCCAGACAGACGCUGCUCUUCUCCGCCACACAAACCAAGUCUGUGAAAGACCUGGCCAGACUCAGCCUGAAGAACCCGGAGUAUGUCUGGGUUCAUGAGCAGGCUAAGUUCAGUACUCCUGCUACUCUGGAGCAGAGCUACAUGGUGUGUGAGCUGCAUCAAAAAGUCAACAUGCUCUUCUCGUUUUUGAGGAGUCAUCUGCAUAAGAAGAUUAUUGUCUUCUUUGCUUGCUGUAAAGAGGUGCAGUACCUGUUCCGUGUGUUCUGUCGGCUGAGGCCGGGUAUCUCUGUUCUGGCUCUACAUGGAAAACAGCAGCAGAUGAAGAGAGUUGAGGUCUACAACGACUUCGUCCGCAAGAAGGCAGCUGUGCUCUUCGCUACAGACAUUGCUGCACGAGGACUAGAUUUCCCUGCUGUGAACUGGGUUGUGCAGUUUGACUGUCCAGAAGAUGCCAACACCUACAUCCACAGAGUCGGGAGGACAGCCAGAUAUAAAGAGGGAGGGGAGGCACUGCUCAUCCUUUUACCCUCUGAAGAGAAGGGCAUGACCACCCAGCUCCAGGAGAAAAAAGUUCCCAUUAACAAAAUCCAGGUUAACCCGGAGAAGCUGGUGUCUGUGCAGCAGAAGCUGGAGGCCUUCCUGGCCCAGGAGAAGGAGCAGAAGGAGAGAGCUCAGAGAUGUUUUGUGUCCUACCUUCGCUCCGUCUAUCUGAUGAAGAACAAAGACGUCUUUGAUGUGUUUCAGAUCAAGCUCCUGGAAUACGCCAUGUCUCUGGGUCUAGCUGUUGCUCCUCGAGUGCGGUUCCUCAGUAAAGCUCAGAAGCUCAGGAAGGAUGCGGCGCUGCAGGGGAGCAGCACUGCUGCAGACUGCGACUCUGAUGAGGAACUCCAAAUCUUUAAGGCCCGGCUCAGAGGAGAUAAUAAACCCAGCACCCAGUCUGGAAGUGAGGAGGACAGUGAUGAAGAGGAGGAGGAGGAGGACAACAAUAAAGAAGAGGAGGAAGAUAGCGAAGAAGAGGAGGAAGAUAGCGAAGAAGAAGAGAAGGAAAAGGUGGUAAAGCCUGAAGGUCUGUUUGGUGCUGAUGAUGAUGAUGAUGAGGAUGAUGACCUAAAGGACCUAGAGCUGCUGACAGUCAAACAGAAAGAUGUGUUUAAGGUUUGCGAUGAUGAAGAGGACGAGAGUGAGGUUGAAGAAACAAGUAAUAAAAAAGACUCCAGGUUCAAGGAGGCGAAGAAGAUUCAGAAGAGACUGUUUAAGGUGAACACUAAGAAGAUCUUCACAGAUGAGGGAGAGGUGGUGCAGCAGUGGCCUCCACAACAAAGGGCCGUUGUGCAGGAUGAAGAGGAGGAGGGGGAGGAGGAAACAUCAGGUAUUAACGUGGAGGCGGCCAAGGAGCGGCUACGCAGGGAGGACCAAGAAUUCGAUAAGAAGGAGUACAGCAGAAAGAUUAAAGAGAAACAUCGGGAGAAGCGGCUGAAGGAGAAGGCUGCGCGAAGAGAAGCCAGCAAGCAGAAGCAGGAGAUGAAGAAAGCUGCAGCUGGUGGUGGUGGUGAGGGCAAUGAUGAAGAAGAUGAUGAGAAUGAUGAUGAAGGAGAAGAUGACGGAGUGGUGGUGUACUUGGCGGGAGCUAGUAAUGAAGUAUUUGACCCCAGCACACUGCCCGACCCUGACAAAGUGCGGGAUUCAGAGGAUGAGGAUGACGAUGAGGAUGAUGAAGGCACUUCUGAGCUUACUGGGCGAAAGAGAACCCACAGCAGCAGUGAUGAUGAGGAUGACGAUGAGGAGGAUGAUGAUGAAGAUGAUGAGUAUGAAGAUAAGCGGGGAGCUGGAAGGAAAAAGGCCAGGCAGGACUCCUCAGCAGCAGAGCCUCUGGACACUGGUCUCUCUCUGGCAGAGGACGAAGAGCUGGUGCUGCAUUUGCUGGGCAACCAGAGUUAGUUCAAUAGGAAAUAGGACCAUGUGACCACAGUUUGUCCCCACCCCCUCCCGUUUAUAUAUUUCAUGUAUACCAUUCAUAAUGGACUCUAGUUUAAGAGCAUUCAUCUCUUACAUUUAUAUAUGAUGUGGUUUUCCUUUUUGUUGUCUAAUAAAAUGGAAUAAUUUGA